AUGGCACUCUUCGACCAGCAAACACAAUACGCGGGCGGAUACUAUGCCCAACAACCGGACCUUCAAUUCUACUCUGGAUCUCCUGGAGUAGAUCCCUCUGCUGCUUUUUAUCCUGGUGCGAGACCAAGUCUUGAGGGAAAUGUCGUUGCCGGAGUUGGUCCUGGCAGCGGGGCACCCAAUUUUGGCGGAAGCAUACAGCCUGCAGGAGGAUGGCUCAGCGCGUUUGGAACUGGUGGAUUUGAAGGAGAGCCACCAUUGCUUGAAGAGCUUGGCGUGAACAUGUCUCAUAUCCGUACCAAAUCUCUUGCGGUUAUUAAUCCCCUUAGUCGAGUAGACGAACAUAUUAUGGAUGACGCAGACCUUGCGGGUCCUUUGAUUAUUCUGUUGUGCCUCGCCACAUGUCUUCUCAUGUCCGGGCGACCUCAAUUCGGUUAUAUCUACGGUGUUGCGGUCUUUGGUGCAGGCUCUCUUUAUACCCUUCUCAAUCUCAUGUCCGAAUCCGGUAUCGACGCUUACCGUGUUGCAAGCGUCCUUGGAUACUGCCUCCUUCCUAUGGUUGGCGUUGGCGCCCUUAGUGUUUGCAUAGUCCUUGACGGCUCCAUCGGAUAUAUUCUUUCCAUCCUUUCAGUAAUAUGGUGCACGUACGCGGCAUCUGGUAUUUUCGUUGCCGUAUUACGCAUGUCGGAUCAGCGAUUACUAGUUGCGUAUCCCGUCGGUCUUUUCUACGGCUGCUUCGCUUUAUUCUCGGUCUUCAAUGUUGCAGGCGGGGGAGGAAAGAAGUAA